AUGGCAAAGACUUACCAAUUAUUUGGCAAUAGGCUCCUGAUUGGUUUUUUUCUCUCCAAUUUGGAUGUUACUAUUGUAAGCUCGUCUCUCACGAGUAUCACAGAUAGCCUGGAAGGGUUCGAGAAGAGAAGCUGGAUUGUCACUGGAUAUUUGGCCACUUACACAGGUUCCAUGGCAAUAUGGACCAAGGUCAGCGAUAUAGUUGGGAGGAAACAUGCCACAAUUGCCGCACUUGUGAUUCUGUUCGCGUUCUCUCUUGGAUGUGGGUGCGCCCGGACAGUCAAUCAACUAAUAAUACUACGAGCAUUACAAGGAAUAGGGGGCGCUGGUUCAUACGCACUGGCAAUCCUAUGCACCUACGAGAUAGCCCCUAAAACGAAGCUUCCUACCUACAGCGGUCUCAUGUCAUUCUGCCUUGCCCUUGCAUCUUUGACAGGCCCAAUAAUCGGAGGUGCCUUUGCACAACACUCGGCCUGGAGAUGGCACACUCCCUCAUUCAGAACGCGAGCGUCAUAUCGCUCAUUUGCUAAUCUUGAUCUCGUGGGAUCGCUUCUGAUGAUGACUGGCUCGUUUUUGAUAGUCGCCGUCUUGAAUGAAACAGAAUUGGCGUUUUCAUGGUCUUCGAUGGAGGCGAUUGCACUCCUUGUGCUAUCGAGCGUUUCCUGGCUUGCUUUCUUUGCCUGGGAAUGGCACAUCUCGGGCACGCCGGGGAAAGACCCCAUAUUUCCUAUGCGAUGGCUUUUUGAUCGUCCAUGGCUGGGUAUCCUCAUUUCCGCUUUUGUCACCGGUGCACCGUUCAACGUCGUCCUAGUCUAUGUUCCACAGCAAGCUCAAAUCCUGCUAGGCAAGUCGCCUCUUGAUUCUGGUAUCUACUUGAUUGGAUACUCGGCUGUUGCAGCUGUUGCCGCGGCCCUUGCCAAUAUCGCUAGCUCCAGAGGACGCAUCCCAUUCGUCUACUCUCUACUCGUCGGCUGCGCAAUCCACACCGUCGGUGUGGGACUUCUUUCAACUGUUGCCACUUCGGAGGGCUUUCAAGUGACAGAUAUUGUCUAUGAGAUUAUUGCUGGUGCAGGAAUAGGGCUGACGAUGGGUAUCUUGAUGCUCUCAAUACCAUACAUAUUCCGAUUCCUAGGUGGUGCUAUCAGCCUCGCUAUCGCAUCUAAUAUCCUCAAUGGCAAUCUGGCGCAUCGUUUGCAAGGUAUUCUGUCCUCGCAUGAACUGCAUCUUUUCCUUGAGAAUGUGAGGUCGAUUGGAUAUCUAUCUCCGGAUCUACAGGAGGACGUGAAGAAUGUCUUCGCCUCUAGCUAUAGUACGCAGCUGAAGGUCAUGAUCGGAUUCGCGGCCGCUCAGCUACCGGCAAUUCUGCUACUAUUGAAGCCCGGCCGCCAGCUUGCGGCUGACAGAGUACAUUCAGGAUAA